GUUGUGUUCUGUGUCCAGCGGAGAAAGUCAAUCAAGCCAAAAUCCAAAAUGAAAUUUUUCAUUGUGAUCCUUGCAGUCGUUGCACUGGCAUACGCCGACGAAGAAUGGGUUCCGAAAAAUGUUGCCCAAAUCAAGGCUAUCCGUCAGGAAUGCAUCAAGGAUUUCCCACUCAGCGAGGAAUACAUUCAAAAAAUGAAGAACUUCGAAUAUCCCGAUGAAGAGCCCGUACGCAAGUACUUGCUUUGUACCGCUAAGAAAUUGGGUGUCUUCUGCGAACAUGAAGGCUAUCAUGCCGAUCGUGUUGCCAAGCAAUUCAAAAUGGAUUUGGAUGAGGCUGAGGUCAUUGCUAUCGCUGAGGGUUGCGCAGACAAGAACGUCGAGGGUAGCAGCGCUGAUGUGUGGGCCUAUCGUGGACACAAGUGUGUGAUGGCCAGCAAGAUCGGUGAACGUGUGAAGGCUUACAUCCAAAAGAGCGUAGAAGAAGCCAAGAAACACUAAAUGACUGAUACUGCCCUUCGUUGAACAAUAAAGUAUAUUUUAUUAAGUAUUAUAAUUGUA